UCCUAUAUUAUAUGGUUGUUUUUUAGUUCUCCUAUGGACGAUGAUUAUGACAAUACAGAAAAUGACGAUAACUUGAUUCAAAUUCAAAAUGACCAACAACUGAAGGACUGGGACAAUGGAAAAAUGGACUGGAAAAGGAUUUUGAACAGAAGAUAUUUCCAGGAAAGUUUUGAAAUCGAUCCAGAGCAGAAAUACGAAAAGAUUGACGUACCUGACUUCAGAAAUGGGCGUAGUGGAAGGUUUAUUCACGAUUUCAAUACAAACUACACUGGAAUCAUUGACGUAACAGGUAAAAGAUGUUUCGUGAUGCCAUUGAAUAGACAGAACGUUCUACCGCCCAGUUCGCUCUUUGAUCUGGUUCAGAAAAUGUGGGAAGGGUACUACAAGGUCGACACUGACGUUGUGGAGAGAGACGGAGUUGUGACACCUCCUGUCACUGACAUGACUGAAAUCGGGUCGUACAUCGACAACGAAUGCGGCGGUAUGCCGAUAUACAAAUUAGAGAAAUAUGUUGGAGGAGUGGCGAAGCGAUCCGCGGAUCAGACACCUGAUGUCAAGUUUGGCCAGUUUGCCGGCAAGGGCAUCUUAGAGUUUGACAUCGUCAACAUUGAAGACGUCCUCAACUACGAAAGACAAACCCUACUAAAGGAUUAAUGCAAUUUGUUUCUUGAGU